AUGACCUCAAACCAGGAUGUUGUAGCAACCACUUUUGCCAUUUCCCAAAAAGAAAAAGAGCUUAAACAGAGGUUUUUCAAUAACCAAAGGACAGUCACCCAAAAAACUGAGCCAAAAAUAGUCCAAGCGCCCGACCCAAAACUCCACAAUUUUCUAGAUGACAUGCAAAAUGUCCUGCAGCAGCAAACCAAAGGGACAAUGGCUGGGGAUCUGCUAAAAAAACAAGCUGCGAUUAUGCAAGAGCAAGUCGAUAUUAUUAAAGAAGACAGAAAAAACUUGCAAGAAGUAAUACAACAUCUUGCAAUUAAUAAUACAAAAGAAAGCCAAGACCCUAGGAAAAUGAUGGCAGAGCUCCUAGCACCUCUAAGCAAGCAGAUUUUAGAGGUAAAAAAUUACUAUGAAGAGACCAAAAUUGCAGCCAAAGGCAUCACUGAACAAGUCACAAAUUUAAAAUCUGCAAUAAGCGAAAAAAGAAAUACAGGGAAACUGCAGAGAUCAGUGGAAUUAAGCAUUAAUAAGUAUAAUAAUCAGAAGAGCCAGUUUCAGAAUAAGGUAAAAGAAGCUGAAAUGAUGGUAAAUGAAGUAGAAGAGGCCGCACAAGAGAAUUCGUUAAUAAAUAAGUGCCAGGAUGGGAUUAGAUACUUGAGAGAACAGAUAAAGGCAGUUAAAGAUGAUACUUUGACAGUAGAAAAAGAGUUGCAGGGGAGGUAUAAGAGGAUAAUGGAGCAAUGCCAGACAAUAAAAAAUUUGCCGACUGAAAUGUUUUUGCAGGAAAAAGAUUAUAGAGGAGCUGUAAUGAGGAUUCAGGAAAGACUGGGAGGGGAGUUUAAUUAUGAUGAAAUUUUGGAGGAAAUUGAAAAUUCAGUUGCGGUUAAAAAUACGCUGAUGCUGGAAUAUAGACAAGGCACGCCGACUUAUCCCAAGCUGAAAAAGGUGAAUAUUUCGCCGGAAAGAGAAAAAAGUGGGUAUCAGGGGCAGCAGACCUUGAAAAAGAAGCAGACUGAGCUACAUCCUGCACCUUUUGGAGGCAAAAGAACAUUUACUAUCAAGCCAAACAACUUAACAAAUCUGCCAACAGUGCCUCUUAAACCGCCUUCUCCUGUUCCUAUAAAAACAAAACCGCCCUCCUUUAUAAAAACAGCUCCAAAAAUGCCUGAAACCCAAAAAUCAAAAGAAAUUGAGCCAGUCAAAAAAUUCGAAUUGCCUUCAUUUGCCUCAAAAAUCCCUACCGAGGUUCAAACCGAAGAAGUAAAGCCAGACCCCAAGCCAGUUCCAGCUGCUUCUAAAUUAAACCAAACUAAAAUCGCUGGCCCAGAAGCCUUAGAAAAUGAUUUAUACUCAGGGCUAAAAAGCCAAGAAACCCAAAACCCUCCUUUACAGUCCUUAGAAAGCCAAACGACAGACGCUGUCACAAAAUUCGUCCUAAACCAAUUACUGUCAAAAGAAAAGCUUCAUCUGGAAAAACCCCAAGGAAACAAAGCAAAAUGGCUGGGGGUUGAUGGAAUCAGCGACCUCGUAAAGCAAAAUUUAUUAAUAGACUCCUUUACAAUCGAAAAAGUCGGCCAGCAAGUACUAGAAGAAGAAAUAGAAAAAAUGGGGCAAUCAUAAAAAAACUAGAUGGGUAAAUUAGAGUAAAUUUGAAAUCUAUAAAAUGACUGUAAAUUUUAAAAUUGCAUGAAAAAUCCCAAACGGAAAAUUUUUUUAAAGCCAUACUGUAAAAUCUCCUAAUUAUUUUUUGUUAUGAAAAAGCCCCUAAAAUUUGUAAAUUAAAAAAAAUUCUGGAUAAGAUGCGAUAAAGCUCCUUUAUUUAUUUUGUCUCAAUUAUGCAGAUUAAUAGCUAUGAAUCAUAUGAUAUAGAUUCUCUAUUUAUACGAUCGGACAACUUCUAAUAGUAUUAAUUCACAAUAUCAUUUUGUUUUCGAAGGGUUUUUUCAUGUGAAAAAUGAAAAAAAAAAACUACUGUGGAGGUUUUUUUACAGUAUGGUUUUAAUUUUUUUCCUAUGGGUAUUUUCAUGAGAUUUUAAAAAUAAAAUUUACAGUCAUUUAUAGGUUUAAAAUUUACUGUAAUUUACCCAUCAGUUUUUUUUCAUGGACCCCCAAAAAAAUGCGAACGAAAAAUACUAAAAAAGAAGACUCAAAAAGAGACGAGUCCUAUGCAGACGAUUUUGAAGAAUAUAAUGAGGAUUCUAAAGACCCAGCCAAAGAACAGAAAGUUGAAAUUCCAAAAAUACCAAUAAAGAAACCGGAGGAAAAUAAAAACAAUACGCCAGUUUUAGAGCCUCCAGAAAGUGGUGAUAUUGAGUCAUUAUUAAACCCGCGGCUGCUUGGUAUGAUGAGUGCAGCGGCUGUGCAGCAUUAUAUAACUGCUUUAAUUGAGUCUGGCCACCUUGGUCGUGCCCAUUCUAUUUCUCCACCAAGUUUAUUUGAUAGAAAUUCCACCCCUCCUACACAGAUUUUUAAUCCUCCAGUGCAGACCCCUAUGACGAACCAAAAUCAGUCAGAUUUUACGAUUUUGCCUCCACAAAUUCAGACAAGAAUAGAAAUCCCUGAAGAGCUGAAAGGAUUUUUUAAUACACCUAUAGGAGAACAGUUAUUAAGAAUAAUUAAAGAAAAUAAAAGCCAGACUCCUCAGCAGAUUUUAGAAGAAUGGGUCAAGCGCUAUAUGGCGAGUCCGAGAGACCCUUUUACCCCUUUGAAUUUGCAGUACCCACCGAGGCAAGAAUUUAAUCAUGAUAAUAGGGAAAAAAGCAUUUUUGGGGAUAUUUUUGCAAGCCAAAUGCCAAAGCCUCAGUUUAAUGCAGAAAAAGAAGAGAAUGUGAUUAAAAAAGAGUCCAUGGCGCCUAGGAGGGUUUUUGAUAUCCCGAUUUUGAACUUGCAAAAAGCUGUGCCAAGCAGCCCUGGAACUCUUGCAUUUUUGCUAUCAGAAUCUGAGUCGUCGUCUGGGAUUUCUUCAGGAUCUGUAGGUUCUGAGCUCUUUUUUUCAGAAAAUCCAGGGUUUUUGAGUGGGUUUAUUGACUUUGUGAAAAAAUCAAGGGAAAUUGAAGAAGGGCAAGUUCCUGGGAGUUAUGAGACUUCUGAAGGAGAAGUCAAACACCCAGAAAUAGAAGGACUGUCAUCAGGAGAAAUUCCUUCUGAGGUGCUUUUGCCUAGCCCUCUUGGAAUUGAUAGAAAUUGGGAUAGAGUAAGAAUUUCCACUUCAGAUUUAUUGUCAAAUGAAGAAACCUUUGAGAAAAGUGAAGGGGAAUUUGACCCUGCAGCAAUUUUCAGCAUUUAA